AUGACCCCGACGAUGACGACCCAGCUCGCAGCAGCAUCCCAGUGCAUCGGAUCUGCGCAGCCACCGCCGGGUCUCAUUGCGGCCCAGUCGAGCGUGGCAGGCCAUUUCCAGCUCUUUUACGACUACUUGCCGUCGACGGCAGCUCCGUCGUGGGCGACCUGCGAGGCGUUCAUGGCGGCUGUUGACGACUGGGACACGCUAUUUGCUUCACCAGUGGCCUCGCGACUCGAGCUCCUCGCGGUCCAUCAAGCGCUCAAGAGUCGACUGACCCAGGUGGAAGGUCGGUUGCAAGAGCUGCAGGACACAGUCCAGGACCCGAUCGUGACGAGCACCAAGCUGGACGACCGCGUGUGGCUCCAGGACGUCGACGUCUGGCAGAUGUACGUCGAGAGCGACGCGCUGCUCAACGACUCGCGGGCUGUGGGCAGCCAAACACAGUUACGACAGCAACUCGAGGCUGCGACCAGUGCGUGGGACGACCCGAAGCGGCCAAACCCCGCUCGACGAGCCCUUGCUCGCAUGCCGGGCGAUUCGCAGCGGCGCCGUUGGAUCGGUCUCGUGCUACUGCUCGCAGUAGUAAUCGCCGUAGCCAUUGCGCUGGGUGUGACACUUCGAACGCCGUCGAGUACGACAACGUUAACUGCCGCCGAUGGAACGAACGUACCAACACCGACGGCGACAUCGACUCCGACAACCUUAGCACCUCUGUCAGCGUCAGCUCCAACGCCCGCUCCGACGCCUGCUCCGACGCCUGCUCCGACACCCGCUCCGACGCCUGCUCCGACGCCUGCUCCGACGCCUGCUCCGACACCCGCUCCGACAUUGCCACCUGUUGGCAACCGACCGUUCACCGUCUCAACCUUGGCGGGGACUGCUCAGUCCAGCAGUGUCGAUGGCACGUUGACGUCCGCCUCGUUUCAGUAUCCUCGUUCGAUCGUUGGCGCUGCCGGAGUCCUCUACGUCGGUGAAGAGCACAAGCUUCGGCGCAUUGAUCGUACCAGCGGCACGGUGUCGACGAUUGCUGGGAUGCUUGGCCCUGGCCCACGCAUUGACGGCAACCUUCAAGAUGCUCGAAUUAACAACUUCUACGGAUUGGCUCUGGACGGUCCCGGCACGUCUCUGUACGUGGCUGACGCAAGCAACAAUGCCGUCCGCGCCAUCGACUUGGUGCGCGGCGUCGUGUCGACUCUGGGCACCGGCGUGUCAGGCGCAACCAACGGUCCUAUCGCAAGCGCCAAAUUUUCCGCACCAUGCGGGGUACUAUGCUAUGGUGACAGCAUCUACGUGGCCGACACGGCCAACAAGCUCGUCCGCCAGAUUGUCAACGGCACCGUGUCCACUUUUGUCGGCAAACUCGGCUCGUCAGCGCGUAUUGACGGCCCAAUUGGGGUCGCAACGCUGAUCAAUCCGUACGCCGUCGUUAUGACGCCGCAAGGCGUCAUGUACAUUGCGGAAACCUACCAAAGCGUCAUCCGCAAAGUCGAUCUGGACGGCACCGUGUCGACCAUUGGUGGGCAGUCACCCGGCUUUGCGGACGGCCCCAGUGCCACCGCGCGCUUCAGUGGUCCGUACGGAUUAGCAGCCGACGAGGACGGCAACAUUUUUGUCGCCGACACGUACAACAACCGCAUUCGCGUCAUCGAUGCGGCGACGGGCGUCGUCUCGACCAUCGCAGGAGCCGCAACAUCAGGCUACAUGGACGGUGUGGGCACAAACGCCAGGUUCAGGACACCGACAAGCGUCUAUUACGACGGCAAUGGCUCUUUGUACGUGGCUGACUACGGCAACGGCCGCAUCCGCCACCUGCACUUUGACCGCUAA